AUGGAAGAAAUAAAAGAAACUGUUGAAAAAAAAAAUAAAGAAAAAAAGUAUUUAAAUGAUUAUAAAAUAAUUUCUGAAGGUAAUAAUAUUAAAGUUUUACAAAAAAAAGAUUUCAAACCAAAAUUUUCAUUGGUAUCAUAUAAAAAUUAUGAACAAAAUUUUGAUUUUGAAAAUGCUAAAAUUGUUUCAACCAAUUUUGCCAUCGAUCGUCAUAUAAAGAUGAAGAAUCCACCAGAUCCAUUUGUAUUUAUUAAAAUGCCAUCUUCAAAGCUUGUUCAAAGUCAGUUAAAACUUUACUAUGAAAAUGAAGGUUAUAAGGAUAUUCCAGUAUGGAUUACACCAUGUUCAGCAUUUAUGAGAUACAUUAAAUCGUAUCCAAUUGUUGGAACUGUAACAGAGACAAUGGAAAAGAAAAAAGGUUUCACCAAUAGAUUCUUAUCAACUAGUGAAACCAAAGCAUCAGUUUCAGUCGGAUUCUUUGGUUGUGAAUCAUCGAUGGAAGUUACAAGUGGUUAUGAAUAUGAAGACACUGUUACAUCUGAAGAAACUAGAAGUUGGAGUCAAACUUUAAAUGAAGGUUCUUAUAUUGUUUAUCAAAACGUUUUAGUUUAUGCUUAUAUAAUCUAUGGUGGUAGUUAUAAACCAUACAUUGAUCAAAUGAAUAAAUUUAAUCCUGGAUUAAAUAUCAAAUUCUUUAGAGAAGAUAAAUGUAUCUUUUUUGUACCAAUUAAUCGUGAUGAUGCCUUCACUCUUCGUUAUCAAGAUAAUACAUGGGAUCCAGUUGAAUAUGAUGUUUUAAUUGAUUACUUGGGUCAAAAUCAAGAUAAAUGGUUUUCUGGUGGUUUACCAUGA